AUGGCAGAGAAGACUCUCCCCUUGUCGUCCAGUCUGCGCGCGCUGCGCCUGCAGCAGGAGUGGCUGCAGUGGGAGGACCGGCGGCGGGCUGCUGCCCAGCAAUGCCGGAGCCAAAGGUGCCCCCCGAGUUCCCGGGCCCGACUCACUAGGCCGCGCCGCGCCUGUCUAGACCCGGCUGUCCACAAUGCCCUGUUCUCCGGCGACCUGCAACAGGUCCAAGCCCUGUUCCCAGAUGAAGAUGCGGCCAACAUGAUUGUGGAGACUGUGAGCAAUCAGCUGGCCUGGUCAGCAGAACAGGGAUUCUGGGUACUGACCCCCAAGACCAAGCAGACGGUGCCCCUCACCAUCGCUGCGGCCCGAGGCUACACUGACUGCGCCCGUCACCUGAUCCUCCAGGGGGCUGAGCUGGAUGCCAGGGUGGGGGGCCGGGCAGCCUUGCACGAGGCCUGUGCCGGGGCCCAGUCUGACUGUGUGCGGCUGCUGCUAACCUUCGGUGCCAAGGCCAACGUGCGUUCUGAGGAGGGCACAAGCCCCUUGCAUCUCUGCACAGCCCCUGAGUCUUUGCAGUGUGCCAAACUGUUGCUGGAGGCCGGAGCGAUGGUAAACCUGGCGGCAGGGGACAGCGAGGUGACACCCCUGCACGUGGCAGCGUCGCGAGGGCUGGAGGAGCACGUAGCUCUCUACCUGGAGCAUGGCGCCGACACAGGCCUGCGCACCAGCCAGGGCGAGACAGCCUUGAAUGCCGCAUGCGCCGGGGCUGAGGGCCCAGGCAGUUGCCAGAAGCACCAGGCCGUGGUGUGUCAGCUCCUAGAGGCUGGAGCUGAUGCCAGGGCAGCCGGGCGGAAACGCCACACACCGCUACACAAUGCCUGUGCCAACGGCUGUGGGGGCCUGGCUGAGCUGCUGCUGCGCCACGGGGCCUGUGCUGGAGUCCGCAACGGGGCAGGCCACACCCCCAUGGACUGUGUGCUGCAGGCUGUCGAGGACAACCCCAGCUGGGAGCCUGAGGUCCUCUUCGCUGCGUUGCUGGACUAUGGGGCCCAGCCUGUGCGCCCUGAGAUGCUGAAACACUGUGCCAACUUUCCUCGGGCCCUGGAAGUCCUGCUUAAUGCCUACCCUUGGGUCCCAUCCUGUGAUACGUGGGUUGAGGCAGUGCGCCCAGAGCUGUGGCAGGAGCACGAGGCCUUCUAUAGCUCAGCCCGCAACAUGGUGAACCAGCCCAGGCGGCUGCAGCACCUCGCCCGGCUGGCUGUGCGAGCUCAGCUGGGCUGCCGCUGUCGACAGGCGGCCACCUGCCUCCCGCUGCCACCACUCCUGAGGGACUACCUGCUGCUGCGUGUGGAGGGGCGCAUCCGUUGA